AUGUCAGCUGCCAAUAACUCUGGUAUGGAGGAAUAUAAACUCGCCGUUGUCGGUGGAGGUGGUGUCGGUAAAAGUGCUCUCACUGUCCAAUUCAUUCAAAACAUCUUUGUCGAAGAAUACGAUCCAACCAUUGAAGACUCUUAUAGAAAGCACGCCAAAGUGGAUGAUAAACCAUGUUUCUUGGAAAUUCUUGAUACUGCCGGACAAGAGGAAUACAAAGCUUUGAGAGAUCAAUAUAUGAGAACUGGUGAUGGUUUCUUGUUGGUCUAUUCCGUAAUUGAUAGAAAGACUUUUGAGGAAAUUAAUGAUUUCUAUGAACAAAUUUUGAGAGUGAAGGAUGCUGAGAAGGUUCCUAUGGUGUUGGUAGGAAAUAAGUGCGAUUUGGAAUCUGAAAGAGUCAUUAGUGCCGAUGAAGGAAAACAAUUUGCCAAGCAAUUAGGUAUUCCAUCCUUGGAAACCUCUGCCAAACAGAGAUUGAAUGUGGAUGAGGCUUUCAUGGCAUUGGUUCGUGAAGUGAGAAAGUCCAAGCCAAGCAAUGCCGGACCAACCAAAAACCAUCUGGUGGAAAGAAGGGUUGCAAUUUGUUGUAAAUUCUCUCUCUCUUUCGAGAUUCUGAAUCGUCUUGUUGUAAAACGUAAACUCGUUUCGUUUUCAAAAAUUGUAUCAUAG